GGAAACCUGGCAACGCUGAAUGGAACUUUGUCGAGUUGUCAUACAAAUUUAAUCGUGAAGUGAAGAUAGUUUUCUCUUUUGCAACAAAGAAAUCAAAUAUUUUAUAUUUACUAUGAGCUCUAAAUUGAAACGUGGUGAUAAUUCUGGGAAGGAAGAAGAGCCGGUCAAAAUCAACAAAUGGGACGGAACCGCUGUGAAACACGCAUUAGAUGAUUCCGUCAAAACUGCAUUGAUGAAUCUACCUAACAUGAAGGAACACCACGCUAUCAUCGAUGGUCGCCUAUUGAUUUGUGCCCUUGCCGUUUCCACUGCUCUGGUUGCGCUUGGUUAUGAUUACCAGUAUUCUUUUCCGGCGUCGAAGCGUGUUCUGAUUGUGUGCGUUUGCUUCUAUUUCUUUCUAAUGGGAGUUCUCACGAUUUACACCUCCUACGUCGAAAAAGGUAUCUUUGCAGUGGGCAAUCAAAAAGACGAAAAGGGAAACCAGAAACGCUGGCAAGCAAGUUCAGAUAUGAAAAAAUAUGACGACAAAUACGAGCUUACUAUUCAGCUGCAGGAUUGUCAUGGAGUCCGGGAGGCGACAAUCGACAAAUCCGUGGCAUAUUUUAUAGAUUCUAAUGGCACCGUUCUAGAUGAUCUUAUGGCAAAUGAACUGAAUCGUGUUGUAAAAUCUUUAAAUACCGACAAAAAGGACAAGUAAUAUAUAGAAUGUUCAAAAAUAUACGAUCAUUUAUAAAUCUGCAUUUAGUGUAACAAUUCCAAUAAACUAAUUUUCCAAAAUCGAAGAA